AUGUCCUCGACCGAGAAGCGGGAAACCAAGAAUGAGGCCCAGUCCUCUUCUCCAGAGGGUAAGAUCCCCAUCCCCGAACUUGAAAAUGCUAGGAGCGAAUACCUCGAGAAAGCAGAAGAGGACUGCUCCUUCAUUUCCAACAACAUAUCAUCGCUUCAUCGUGAAUAUCUCCUGGGACGUCAUGGCACGCUGGACUUAGAUCCUUUACCCAGCCCAUCGAGCGCUGACCCAUAUAACUGGCCUACUUGGAAGAAACUGACAAACCUGAUUCUGGUGGCUUUUCAUGCCUGUAUGGCAACUUUCACGGCCUCAAUUAUCCCAGCAUAUGAAGAUAUCUCGGUCGAUCUUGGAGUUUCUCUGCAAAGAGCCAGCUAUCUCACUUCACUCCAGAUUGCUGUUCUUGGCGGUGCACCCUUGUUCUGGAAGCCGCUUUCCAAUCGAUAUGGUCGUCGUCCAAUAUUCCUUCUAUCCACAAUCCUGAGCCUAGUUUGCAAUGUCGGCUGCGCUAAAAGCCCGACAUAUGCCUCCAUGGCUGCGUGCAGAGCUUUGACCGCGUUUUUCAUCUCCCCAGCUGCUGCUAUUGGCAGUGCAGUAGUGGCCGAAUGCUUUUUCAAAAAUGAGCGAGGCCGCUAUAUGGGUAUCUGGACUUUAAUGGUGACCCUGGGCGUGCCCGUGGGGCCAUUGGUAUUUGGGUUUGUGACAACCCGUGCCGGUUACCGUUGGAUAUUUUGGGUCCUUGCCAUCACGAAUGGCGUCCAGUUUGUCUUAUAUAUUUUCUUUGGCCCCGAAACACGCUAUCUAGGUGGCAGUAUCGAGAAUCGACCGUCCAGCUUCAAAGCCCAAUACCUCUCAUUUCGUCGAAUCGAUCCAACCCCAUUGACCUUCGGAGAAUUUAUACAUCCUUUGACCAUGGCCGCAAAGCCAAAUAUCAUGAUUCCCGCUGUGGUAUACGCUAUGGUCUUUUUGUUCGGCAGCGUCCUGAUCACCGUGGAAGUGCCUCAGCUGCUACAGGAGAAAUUCGGGCUUAACGCCGAGCAGCUCGGUCUCCAGUUCUUAGGCGUGAUAAUUGGCACUGUUCUUGGCGAGCAGAUCGGCGGUUCUAUGUCCGACUACUGGAUGAAUCGCCGGGCUCGGUGCAUUCAAGAGAAACCAGAUCCUGAAUUCAGACUCUGGCUCAGCUAUCCCGGGAUUAUUCUUACUAUCGUAGGAGUGAUCAUCUUUCUCGUUUGCACGCAGGAAGCCGAGGAGGGUCAUUGGGUUGUGCCGCCAAUCGUAGGGACCGCGGUGGCUGCGUUCGGGAAUCAGCUAGUGACAACCGUCAUGGUGACUUAUGCCGUGGAUUGUUAUCCUCAAGACGCAGGGAGUGUGGGUGUCUUCAUUACGUUUGUCCGACAGAUGUGGGGAUUCAUCGGCCCUUUCUGGUUCCCCGAUAUGUUUGAGAGCGUUGGCGUCGCUGCUAGCUCGGGUGUUGCGGGCGCUCUCAUGUUCGUGUUUGGCUUUUUGCUUACUAUUGUAGUCCAUGGCAUGGGAAAGAGAUGGCGCGGCCAGAUUUAG